AUGUCGGAGGGCGCAGCGAAACAUUUCGACGAGAUGACCGGCCGGGGCGAUGGCGUCCGUUCACCCUAUUUCGCCUACCGAAGCUGGUUCGAGGCGGAAGACCCCGCCCGCCUCAAGCACAAGGCGGCCGAGGCCGAGACCUUCUUCCGGCGCAUGGGGAUCACCUUCAAUGUCUAUGGCGAGGCGGACGCGACCGAAAGGCUGAUCCCGUUCGACGUGGUGCCGCGCAUCAUUUCGGGCCGCGAAUGGGCGCGGCUGUCCCGCGGCAUCGAACAGCGCGUCACCGCCAUCAACGCCUUUCUGCACGACAUUUAUCACCGUCAGGAGAUCCUGCGCGCCGGCCGCAUCCCGGUGGAACUGAUCGCCGGCAAUGACGCCUUCCUGCCGCAGAUGAUCGGCGUCAAGCCGCCCGGCGGCGUCUACACCCAUAUCGUCGGCACGGAUCUGGUGCGCACGGGCGAGAACGAUUUCUACGUGCUGGAGGACAAUGCGCGCACGCCGUCGGGCGUUUCCUACAUGCUGGAAAACCGCGAGACGAUGCUGCACAUGUUCCCCGAACUGUUCUCGUCGGUGGCGGUGCAGCCGGUCAGCACCUAUCCGCGCAACCUGCGGCGUUCGCUCGCCGCCUGCGCGCCCGCCAACCGCGCCAACGGCACGCCGACGAUCGCGGUGCUGACGCCGGGCAUCCACAAUUCGGCCUAUUACGAGCAUGCCUUUCUCGCCGACCAGAUGGGCGCCGAACUUGUCGAAGGGCACGAUCUGCGCGUCGUGGACGGGCGCGUGGCGAUGCGUACGACGCGCGGCUACCAGCCGUUGGACGUGAUCUACCGGCGCGUGGACGACGAUUUCCUCGAUCCGCUGAACUUCAACCCGUCCUCCAUGCUCGGCGUACCGGGCAUUCUGGAUGUCUACCGGGCCGGCAACAUCACGAUCGCCAAUGCGCCGGGCACGGGCAUAGCCGACGACAAGGCGAUCUAUUCCUACAUGCCCGAGAUCGUCGAAUUCUAUACCGGCGAGAAGGCGAUCCUGAAGAACGUGCCGACCUGGCGCUGUUCGGAAAAGGAUGCGCUGGCCCAUGUGCUCGACAAUCUGGACAAGCUCGUCGUCAAGGAAGUGCACGGCUCGGGGGGCUACGGCAUGCUGGUCGGGCCGGCGGCCUCGAAAAAGGAAAUCGCCGCCUUCCGGAAGAAGCUGAAAGCGCGGCCCGGCAGCUAUAUCGCGCAGCCCACACUGUCGCUGUCGACCGUGCCGAUCCUGACCAAGUCGGGACUGGCGCCGCGCCAUGUCGAUCUGCGGCCGUUCGUCCUGGUGUCGCCCAACGGCAUCAAGAUCACGCCCGGCGGACUGACGCGCGUUGCGCUCAAGAAGGGCUCGCUGGUGGUCAAUUCGUCCCAGGGCGGCGGCACCAAGGACACAUGGGUGCUCGAUGAGUAG